AUGUCCAAACAAUACAUGAAGGUUAUAUUUUGCCCCAUUGUUAACUGGGAAAUAAGAACAAAAAGUUAAAAUAAAAACAUUAUCAUAUAUUUAAGAAAAAUGAGCAGCUAAAUUAAAUUAAUAAUAUUAGUUUAACUCCCUCAGGGGGAUGCUAAGUAAUUAGCACUACGGGUUUGGCGAACCCGGGGCCCCGAGCUCUGAGCUGACCUUAACUAGUUGGCUCAGUCUGGUCCUCCAGGUUGGGGGUUUGGCGACGGGCUAACAACCCGUCACUGUAAAAAAACUCUACUGUUAAGAAACCAAAACUAAAGCCUCGGGACAGAGAUUUGGAUAAAACACAAUGGAAAUGGCCCGGACUACAAGGAUUUAGGAUUGGCACAUGGAACGUAAGAACGUUAUAUAAAGCAGGAGCCCUUGGUACACUAGUUGAUGCAAUAGAUAGAUAUAAGGUAAAUAUAGUAGCGUUACAAGAAAUGAGAUGGCAAGGUGAAGGAUGUCUACCAACAGGUAACAUGACAUUAUUCUUUGGCGGUAUAACGUCUAAUAAGCAUGAAAAUGGGGUGGGUUUCCUCGUGCACAAUAGUCUAAUACCAUGGAUUAAACAAUUUAGGGCUAUAAAUGACCGAAUAUGUUACAUUCGGAUCAAUAUGAACCACCGGGACAUGGUAAUGAUUUGCGCAUACGCACCAACCGAAUCAGGAAAUGAAGAAACAAAAGACGCCUUUUAUGAAGAAUUGGAACAAGUAUAUGACGCUUUACCAGGUCAUUGCAUUAAAUUAUUAUUGGGAGAUAUGAACGCCCAAGUGGGAAAAGAAAAUGCAUACAAAGCGACUAUUGGAAAACAUAGUCUACACGACCGAAGUAAUGAUAACGGAAUAAGAUUAAUUAAUUUUGCAAUAAGUAAAAAUAUGGUAAUAAGCAGUACAAGAUUCCCAAGGAAAAAUAUUCAUAAAGAAACGUGGUUAUCUCCAGGAGGAAGAUAUAGUAGCCAAAUUGAUCAUGUCCUUAUAGAAAAUAAAUUUAAGACGAUUAUAAGAAACGUCAAAAGCUACAGAGGAGCAGACGCAGACAUAGACCAUUACUUGAUCCUGAUUGACUUCAGAGUAAAGAUGUCCAUGGAAUGGAAAAAGAAACAAAAAAUCCUCGGAAAAUACGAUGUGGAUAAAUUAAAAAAUGAAGAAACAUUACGGACAUUUCAAGAAACAGUGACAAAUUUCUUGGGAAAAAGAGAGGGCAGUGAUAAUGAACAGGUUGAGGAGUCGUGGAAAGUAAUAAAAGCCUCAAUAACGGAAUCCGCAGAAAAAGUCAUUCAACACACACAAAGAAAGAAAACAAAGAAAUGGUUUAAUGAUAAUUGCAAGAAAGGAAUCAAGGAACGCAAUGAAGCCAGAAUCAAAGCAAUCCAUACACCAACCCCCGAGAACAUAAGGGACUUCGAGAACAAACGAAGAGAAGUAACUACACUGAUAAGAAAAGAAAAGAGAAUAGCGGAAAAAGAAAGAUUAGGGGAGAUUGAAAACUUCAAACACAACCCCAGAGAAUUCUUCAAACAUUGCAAAACAUUUAAAAAUCGAUUUAUACCAGCUAUACAGAUGAUAGAAGAUAAUAAUGGUGCUCUAAUUACUAGAUCGGAAAACAUGGCCGAGGAAUUUAGAAUGUACUUUAAGAAACUCCUUAACAGAGGCUCAACAACGGAAGAAGUAGGCGAACAAGACGACACCAUAAAUUAUACAGCAGAACCAGAAGUAUUAAACCCAAGUUUAGAAGAGACACAGUAUGCAAUCCAGACUCUAAAAAAUAAUAAGUCACCAGGAGAUGAUAAAAUUGUAGCUGAAUUAUUGAAGUUAGGAGGGAAAAACCUAACACAAAAAUUACAUCAUCUAAUUCAACAGAUAUGGAUAAAGGAAAAGAUACCACAAGACUGGAACGAAUCAUUGAUAUGUCCAAUUUUCAAAAAAGGUAACCGAAAAAAAGUAGAGAAUUAUAGAGGAAUAACACUCUUGAACACUGGGUAUAAGGUAUUAUCAUUAAUCAUACUUAAAAGAUUGCAAAUUUAUACAGAUGAGAUAGUAGGUAACUACCAAAGCGGAUUUAGAAAAAAUAAAUCAACUACUGAUCACAUAUUUGUCAUAAGACAAAUUAUGGAAAAAAGUUAUGAGUUCGCGAAAGAUCUACAUAUGGUUUUUGUAGAUUACAAACAAGCAUAUGAUAGCAUAAUUAGAGAAAAACUAUGGAAAGUUCUUAAAGACUUUGGUUUACCAACUAAAUUAAUCAACAUGAUAAAACUGUGUAACCCGAAUACCAGUAGCCGAGUCAAGGUGAACAACGAGAUAUCAUCUUCGUUUAUAAUAAAUAGUGGAUUGAAGCAAGGGGAUGCGAUGUCACCAGUGCUUUUCAAUAUGGCACUGGAGAGUGUAAUAAGAAAGGUACCGCGAACUGAGACAUUAAACCUUGAAGAAGGAAAUAUCUUACUGGCAUAUGCAGACGACAUAGUGGUUAUUGGGAAUUUACGAGAAGGUAUUCAGAAUACUGUUGAAGAACUGAUAAAGAUAGGAAAAGAUAUUGGCUUAACCAUAAACAGUGGAAAAACUAAAUACAUGAUGGUAAAGCGAGGAGGGGGUGACCAUAAUAACCUCCACGUGGGAAAUAACACCUUUGAAGAAGUACAAGAGUUCAAGUACCUUGGGUCUACCCUAAAUAACCAAAACAACAUGCAUGGUGAGAUCAAUAUUAGAUUGGGCGCUGCUAACCGAUGCCUUUAUGCACUGAAAACCCUCUUUAAAUCUAAGCUGCUGUCAAGAAAAACAAAAGAACAUCUAUACAUUAGUUACAUCCACCCUAUAUUGACAUAUGCAUGUGCCACAUAGAGGCCAUAUAGAGGCGAUGAUGAAAAACUANAAAGCCUAAAAAAAAAAAAAAAAAAAAUAUUAGUUUAACAAGUUUAACAAGUUGUUUUGCAGCCAUCACCACAAUUUGCCUUUGCUUUACGUUAUUUGGCACUUCUAAUUUAUUGAGAUCUUCUAUCUUACUCAUACAUCUUUUUUGAGUCUCCCACAAGGUCUCUGCUCUUCUCUCCUUCAGGUUUCUGGGCAUAAUAUGUCCAAUCCAUUGAACUUGUUAGACACU